AGAGGAAAGGGUGGGGUAGAUGCCUUUGAGGUGGGGUACAAAAGUGGGGCAGCACUCAUAGCUAUCACAUUUAGCUCGUCCUGGUAGAUAGAGGUCCUCUUCUGCAGGUAAUCCCACAGAGGAGCGGCCAUGGCACUUGUACCCAUUGCUCAGCUGUGCCUCUGCACACUCUCGCUCCUCCUGGUUCCUGCGCUCACACAGAGCGAUGGCGGUCUCCUGGUCAGCACUCGUUCAGGGAAAGUGCGUGGCCUGAGGCAACCUGUCCUUUCUACCCAUGUAAGUGCCUUCCUGGGCAUUCCCUUUGCCGAACCACCGGUGGACAAAAUGCGCUUCCGACGUUCGGAGCCCAAGAAACCAUGGACAGAUGUUUGGGACGCGACGGCCUACCCUAAUGCCUGCUAUCAAUAUUUUGAUACUUUGUAUCCUGGUUUCCCUGGCAUGGAAAUGUGGAAUCCCAACCGGCCAAUGAGCGAAGAUUGCCUGUAUCUUAACAUCUGGGUCCCCCACCCACGUCCCUCCAAUGCUACCGUUAUGGUAUGGAUAUAUGGUGGAGGUUUCUACAGUGGGUCCUCUUCUCUCGACGUUUAUGAUGGACGCUACCUGUGCCAUGCUGAGAAUGUCAUUGUGGUCUCCAUGAAUUACCGCGUUGGAGCUUUUGGUUUUUUGACCCUGACACCGGGUAGUGUAGAUGCCCCUGGCAACGUUGGCUUGUUUGAUCAGCGUCUUGCUCUCCAGUGGGUUCAGGACAAUAUCGCCUUCUUUGGUGGAGAUCCCAGGACCGUCACAAUUUUUGGGGAAAGUGCCGGAGCUGUCUCCGUGGGUAUGCACGUCCUUUCCCCUGGAAGCCACCAUCUCUUCUCCAAGGCUGCCUUGCAAAGUGGCUCACCCAACACGCCCUGGGCUACAAUCACCCCACAAGAAGCUAGGCGCCGCACAGAGCUCCUGGGAAAGUUUUUGGAUUGCAGAAUGGGAAAUGAUACAGAGUUACUGAACUGUCUAAGAGUCAAGCAACCGCAGGAAUUAAUUGACCAUGAAUUCUCUGUACUUCCAGCCCCCAGUGUCUUUCGUUUUGCCUUCGUACCGGUGCCAGACGCAGACUUUUUCCCAGAGCCUCCUGAGAUCUUGAUGAAUAUGGGCAGAUUUAAGCCUUGCCCCUUGAUAAUGGGAGUCAACCAGAAUGAAGGAUCGUACUUUCUGUUGUAUGGGGCCCCUGGCUUUAGCAAGAACAACGAGAGCCUCAUCACUCGAGAAGAGUUCCUCGGUGGGGUCAAGAUGAGUGUUCCACAAGCCAACGACAUUGCCCUGGAGGCGGUAGUGAUGCAGUACACAGACUGGGCAGAUGAACAUGCUGGGGUCAAGAACAGAGAGGCCAUGGACCAGCUGGUGGGAGACCAUAAUGUCAUUUGCCCCCUCACUUAUUUUGCCGGGAAGGUUGCUGAGACCGGAAACCGGGUGUAUACUUAUUUCUUUGACCACCGGGCGUCCAACCUGGCUUGGCCGCAGUGGAUGGGGGUCCCACAUGGAUACGAAAUUGAAUUUGUCUUCGGCCUUCCCCUGGAUGCAAAUUUGAACUACACCCCCCAGGAAGAAGCUCUGAGCCGCAGGAUGAUGAGAUACUGGGCUAACUUUGCACGGACUGGUGACCCAAACGAGGGCAACGACGCCCACCAACCGCGCUGGCCCUUGUACACGGCCUCUGAGCAGAGGUAUAUGGCCCUCAAUAACAAGCCAUACCAGGAGCUGCAGGGCAUCCGAGUCCAAACGUGUAUGUUCUGGAACCGCUUCUUGCCUAAACUGCUCAACAUCACAGACAAUAUAGAUGAGGCCGAGCGGCAGUGGAAGGUGGAGUUCCAUCGCUGGAGCACCUACAUGAUGCGGUGGAAAAACCAGUUCGACCAUUACAGCAAGCAGGAGCGCUGCAGCGAGCUGUGACCUCACUGUGACAUCACUGUGACAUCACCCCGCCAUUAGAAGCCACGGAACUGUAGCGAGACGCGCAGUGACAACGUUGACGUCUUCAACUGAGCAACGUUUCAGGAAAAGCAAGAGCGGCUCUACCACCUUGUGACAUCAUGAUGACACUGCGGUGAUGUCAAAAGCGGAGAUUAUAUUUCAGCAGUGCCGCCAUCAUGUGACUUACGCUAAUGCCCUGUGCUGUGUCCUCCGCCAGGGGUAUUUCUUGUCAUUCGCUGUUGUCCCUCGCAUGUCCAUUUGUAUAUAGUGUUUGAUGAGAAGCUAUAAAUAUAUAUAUAUAUGCGUAUUUAUAAUCUAUAGAGGGAAACCUACACGUAUUUUAUUUAUCUGUGAUGCCAUCAAUGUCUGACCUCAAAGGAAACGUGUCACUAGAUGCCAAAUAUACCCUCGAUGUGCAAUAUGAGUUUUAUAGUCACCCUAUUGUACUGUGUAUGAUUUAGAGAGCUUUAAUCCGCCCCAUGAUGUUGUGAGUUGCGCUUACACGUCUAGACAACUCCUAUAUUGUGUAUAUGCUGUGUACGAAUCUGUAUAACCACUCAAUGCACUCAACAAACCUAUGUAGCUCGGCCAUAGAGAGUGCACUGCCCCCCAGAGACAAUCCCAUAGCGUGAAACAGCCCCAUGGUGACGUCACUCAUUGCUUGGAACAGUCCUAUGGGGCCACAUAGGUUGACUCCACCGCUUGUCCCCAUGUAGAGUCUACUUCUCGAUUGGAACAACCCUAUGUAGCCAACCCAUGUAGCUUCUACUUCUUGAUUGGAACAAACUUAUGUAGCCAACCCAUGUAGAAUCUACUGUUGGUUGGAGAAACCCUAUGUAGCCAACCCAUGUAGAGUCUACUUCUCGAUUGGAACAACCCUAUGUAGCCAAACCAUGUAGCUUCUACUUUUUGAUUGGAACAAGCUUAUGUAGCCAACCCAUGUAGAAUCUAUUGUUGGUUGGAGCAACCCUAUGUAGCCAACCCAUGUAGAGUCUACUGCUUGAUUGGAACAACCCUAUGUAGCCAACCCAUGUAGAGUCUACUGCUUGAUUGGAACAAGCUUAUGUAGCCAACCGAUGUAGAGUCUACUGCUUGAUUGGAACAACCCUAUGUAGCCAACCCAUGUAGAGUCUACUGCUUGAUUGGAACAACCCUAUGUAGCCAACCCAUGUAGAGUCUACUGCUUGAUUGGAACAACCCUAUGUAGCCAACCGAUGUAGAGUCUACUUCUUGAUGGGAACAACCCUAUGUAACCAACCCAUGUAGCUUCUACUUCUUGAUUGGAACAAGCUUAUGUAGCCAACCCAUGUAGAAUCUACUGUUGGUUGGAGCAACCCUAUGUAGCCAAUCCAUGUAGAAUCAUCUGUUGGUCGGAGCAACCCUAUGUAGCCAAUCCAUGUAGAAUCAUCUGUUGGUUGGAGCAACCCUAUGUAGCCAAUCCAUGGAGAAUGUACUUCUUGAUUGGAACAAGCUUAUGUAGCCAACCCAUGUCGAACCUUCUUCUUGAUUGGAACAAUCCAUGUAAAAUCUCCUGCUUGAUCGGAGCAACCCUAUGUAGCCAACCCAUGUAGAAUGUACUUCUUGAUUGGAACAAGCUUAUGUAGCCAACCCAUGUAGAAUCUACUGCUGGAUUGGGGCAAUCCUAUGUAGCCAACCCAUGUAGAAUCUACUGCUGGAUUGGGGCAAUCCUAUGUAGCCAACCCAUGUAGAAUCUACUGCUGGAUUGGGGCAAUCCUAUGUAGCCAACCCAUGUAGAAUCUACUAUUUGGUUGGAUUGACCUUAUGUAGCCACUGAAGGUGACUCUACUAGUCGCAUGGAACAACCCUAUGUAGCCAACCCAUGUAGAAUCCACUGCUUGCUUGGAACAAUCCUUUGUAGCCAACCCAUAUAAAAUCCACUAUUCGUAUAGAAUGUUCCUAUGUAGCCUGCCCUUAUAGAGUUAAUAAUAUUAGCUAAGACUGUUCACCUCCAUUCAAGCCAUGAGUUAAUACUCUAUUUUACUUAAAAUCCUAACUUUUAUAUAUAGCUACAUAAUUGCCAAAGUUUACAAUAGUCUAUGUCCAUGUGUAGCUCGGCCACAAUGCAUCUCCCAGCAUUCUCCAGAUUAAGCAAAGCUGUUGAGUGAGUAAAUACUUAAUUACACUUAAAAUCCGAACCCGUUAUAUAGUUCCAUAGUUGCUGAGGUUCAGCAUAGCACCAUAUGUAUAAAUAUUGUCCAUUUGCUUCAGGCCAAAAGUGCAGUGUGCAGUCCAUGAGACAACCCGCAUCCUCCACCAAAACUGCCACUAAAUUGCCAGGGUUAAUGCCUGCAUUCUCCACCAAAGCUUCCAGGGAUACUGGGAAAUGUAUUAUAUUAUGAUUAUGUUACAUUCAAAACACUAAAUUCUCCUUAGCAUUAGAACUUUAGGGUUACCCAUUAUAUACUGGUCCGGUAGCUGCUAACGUAGUAAUUUAGUAUGUUAUGCCUAACUUUUACUAUACUGAUCUGGCACGCUAGCUAGUAUUUUAUGCCUAUACUAAUCCAGUAACAAAGUAUGUGAUAAUUACCAUUUACUGUACUGCUCUAACCUUUCCAUUCAAUAUAACGAGCCAUUAACUGAGAAUGUUAACUACCCUUUGUUAUUUUAAUCCAGUAACAGACUAAAUGAUACCUACCCUUCUAAUAUAUUGCUCCAGCAAUGAAAUAGGUCAUGCCUACCCUUUAAUAUACUGUUCAUCAACUAUGUUAUACCGACCCUUUAAUAUACUGCACUGUCAGCUGAGUAUGUUACACAGAGUGUGUUAUACCUACCCUUUAAUAUACUGUUCCACCAUCUGAGUAUGUUAUACCUACCCUUUAAUAUACUGUUCCACCAUCUGAGUAUGUUAUACCUACCCUUUAAUAUACUGUUCCACCAUCUGAGUAUGUUAUACCGACCCUUUAAUAUACUGUUCCACCAUCUGAGUAUGUUAAACCUACCCUUUAAUAUACUGUUCUACCAACUGAGUAUGUUAAACCUACCCUUUAAUAUACUGUUCUACCAACUGAGUAUGUUAUACCUACCCUUUAAUAUACUGUUCCACCAUCUGAGUAUGUUAUACCUACCCUUUAAUAUACUGUUCCACCAUCUGAGUAUGUUAUACCGACCCUUUAAUAUACUGUUCCACCAUCUGAGUAUGUUAAACCUACCCUUUAAUAUACUGUUCUACCAACUGAGUAUGUUAAACCUACCCUUUAAUAUACUGUUCCACCAUCUGAGUAUGUUAUACCUACCCUUUAAUAUACUGUUCUACCAACUGAGUAUGUUAAACCUACCCUUUAAUAUACUGUUCCACCAUCUGAGUAUGUUACACCUACCCUUUAAUAUACUGUUCCACCAACUGAGUAUGUUAUACCUACCCUUUAAUAUACUGUUCUACCAACUGAGUAUGUUACACCUACCCUUUAAUAUACUGAGUAUGUUAUACCUACCCUUUAAUAUACUGUUCCACCAUCUGAGUCUGUUCCACCAUCUGAGUAUGUUACACCUACCCUUUAAUAUACUGUUCUACAUCUGAAUAUGUCACACCUACCCUUUAAUAUACUGUUCUGCCAACUGAAUAUGUUAUACCUACCCUUUAAUAUACUGUUCUACCAUCUGAAUAUGUUACACCUACCCUUUAAUAUACUGUUCUACCAUCUGAGUAUGUUAUACCUACCCUUUAAUAUACUGAGUAUGUUAUACCAACCCUUUAAUAUACUGUUCUACUAUCUGAGUAUGUUAUACCUACCCUUUAAUAUACUGUUCUACCAUCUGAGUAUGUUAUACCUACCCUUUAAUAUACUGUUCUACCAUCUGAAUAUGUUACACCUACCCUUUAAUAUACUGUUCUACCAUGUGAGUAUGUUACACCUACCCUUUAAUAUACUGUUCUACCAUGUGAGUAUGUUAUACCUACCCUUUAAUAUACUGUUCUACCAUCUGAAUAUGUUACACCUACCCUUUAAUAUACUGUUCUACCAUGUGAGUAUGUUACACCUACCCUUUAAUAUACUGUUCUACCAUGUGAGUAUGUUACACCUACCCUUUAAUAUACUGUUCUACCAUGUGAGUAUGUUACACCUACCCUUUAAUACACAGCACUGUAUUGGUUUCUCCCCAGAUGAUGUAUAUAGGUGUUUCUAUGCUCGCUAUAGGAAACAAAGACCCAUAAAGUCAAAGCUAAGCUGUGACCCUGCAGCUAUUUGCGCCCUACACCUCCCAGCGAGGCAGCUGAUUUUCCGGGGAUGCUGGGAGAUGUAGCAGAACUAUAACGACAGAAGCAGAGUGGCCGUCUCUCCUAACAGCCCGGAUCUUUUGGUUUUAAUAUCAAUGCCACCAAUUUCCGUGGCUGUAUAUGAGGAUGGUGGCUGUGGCCCAAUAACCCAUUAUAUGUACAAAGUGUGGUCUGUACAAAGUCCAUAAGAGAUAUACACUGUGUUCUAUGUGUAUUGUUACCCAGUAUGAUAUAUAUAUAUAUAUAUUCUACGUACUAAAUGCUGUUACUCAUUUCGAUGGGGGGGGGGGAACCAGCAACCGAAACUGAGAUUUUCUUCCUUUCUGAGAGCUCUUGUUGGCGGCGGUGAGGAUUCCAUAGAAAGGGCUCACCCUAAAUCUACCAUAGGCCGUGCUGGGGUUCAAGCUCCGCCUCCGGUCCUGGGCCCGUGGGACCAGACACUAGGGUGCUGUAUUGCAUGUGUGAGAAUGAAGAAUAAAGUUGUAUCCGCAACAAUCAAUAAAUGAGAGUAAACCCCA